AUGAAUAAAGUGAAUAUCUUUUCGGAAAGAGAAUCUGUCUUCAUUACAUGUUCUUUAUUGCCAUCUCUAGAAAGUUCAGGCAACAACCCGGUUCGGACCUCGAUCGACGCUUCCGACGAAGCCUCGUCCUUCAUCGAGAUGGACCCGAGAAUGCCGCCCUCCAAGAGAUUUUGUAGAAACUCCCAAGAUUUCAAAUUUGACUUCCCUGUCUCGCCGCCUUCCCUUGCAAUUGUACAUGCUGACCAGCUGAUUUCCAAUGGCUGCCUUGUGCCUUUUUUCAUUGAUCCACUUAAAGUUCAGACAUAUGAGGAUGAAGAUGAAGAUUUCAAUCCAAAAUCUUCCCAUACUCAAGAACAUGUCCUUCCACUUCCACUUCCACUUCCACUUCCAUCCAAUACUUCUGACUGCUCCUCCAUGAGAAAGUGCAGGAAACUAUCCAAGAAAGUAUUGCACAAAUAUUUGAGUUUUUUCAAGCCAUUGUACCAAAGAAUAAGAGGUUAUAAAGCAUCAAGUUCCAAAUCAGAAAAUGUUGCUAGAAGAUCCAAAUCUAUGAAGAAUUGGGAAUAUACAUACGACGCGUCGCCACGAAUCAGUGUAGCGUACACCGCCGAUGAUUGGCGAAGAUCCUGUGAUUCUGAGAGUUCUAUCUAUGAGGCAGUCCUCCAUUGCAAGAAAUCUAUAGGUAUAUGAAGCAUGAAAGCAGAGGAUGAGAUCAAUUCAACAUGAAAUGAUAAUGUCCCCUUCUGCUACUAUUUUCAGACCUUUUAACAAUGAACACUUGUUUCGAUUCGCCUGUGACCGAGCGGGUUCCUUACGGUAAAUACUCGAAUGCCAUGUGAAGUUGAUGAAGAUGAAUAGAACUUUUGUUCUUUACUUGGAGUUCUUUAGAUGAGUUGAACAAUCAAGUGACUCUUUGUUCAUAUUUUUAA